AGAUGUAAGAGCUAAAGCUUAUGCCUUAGCCCUAUUAGCAAAAAAUGCUAAUGCUGGCUCAUCACAUCUUACUCGUCUUCGUAGAGAAUUAAGGAACCUUAAUACAUCACUUGAGAUAAUUGAGGUUACAAAAUUUCUAGAUAUUACAGAAGAUGCCAACAAAAUUCAGAGUGUCAAUCGAAAAAAAGCUGAAGCUAAAUGUAUCGAUUACCCAGAUGAAUUUACAUUAGAAUCAGUUAAAGAAAGAUUAGAUAUGUAUGAUAUUAAAACUUUACCUGAUUGUCAAGCUCUUGCUAAUGUUAUGGUGAUGCUUUGUAUUCGUCCUGCUGAACUUAAAACUUUAUGCAUUACAGAUGCUGGAAAUCAAGAACGAGCCAAAGAACUACUUACUUGGAUUCAGCGUACUAUAUCAUCUAGACGAAUGGGUGAUUCAGGAGCAGUUUAUGGUGUAGUAGCACAUGAGGCUAAGAAUAUGGCCCAUGCUUAUACAAUUGCUGGAGAAUGUCUACGUUAUUCAUCUAAUAAUCAUACUUCUCCUAUGCAAAAUUAUGUUGUAGUCAAUUAUAGAAAAAGAGGA